CAGUGUGCCGCACGCGAUAUCUACGCCAGUCCUUCGCUUAACGCGGCCGCGAGUGAACGUGUUGCGUGCGCUCGGAGCAACCGAACUUGCAUCGGACCAUAUCGGCAACUGGAAAUUGAUCAGUUCCUUGCAAGGUGACAGGAUAGCGAUCGCGUGAUCGGAAUAGUGAUGUAUCGGAAACAAUAGAUCUGGUUUUCUUCGGGUGGGGAAUUGGACACAAAAAUGUGCACAGUGUCGCGAAUUUUAUAGAUUCGCGUGACCUUGUGCUGAUGUUUAAUAGUUUCCACAGGUGCGACAUUUACUCUUUUGUUUCCGAGUGUUAUCAGUAAACUCAUUUUUAUUACUUUGGAAAACGUCUCGGUAUAGGAAUUGUAGUACUUUGUGUGUGGGAACGAUGUUCUAAUUGGCAAAGGACUGUGAAAAUGCUGGCUGUGAAGAAUUUCUUUAUGCCGGAGAAACGGGUGGACUCUCCCCGUUUCUCCCGCAUGCCUGAGGCCCUCAUGAGGUCGAUCCGGCGACGCUCGCUGAGGGUCAAGAGGACCAAAUCACUGGUGCUCGUUAAUGAGAAACGGAAGUCCGAUUCGUUUGUCAACAGUCAAGAAUGGACGGCAUCAAGAGGUGUUACAGAGCUGCGAGUGGGUGUGUUAGGUUCUCCAGACAGCGGAAAAUCAGCUCUGGUACAUCGAUAUCUCACUGGGGCUUACAUGCAAGAGGAAAGUCCAGAAGGUGGUCGUUUCAAAAAAGAAGUAAUAAUCGACGGUCACAGUUAUCUUCUGCUUAUAAGAGACGAAGGUGGACCACCAGAGAUGCAGUUUACUGCCUGGGUGGACGCAGUGAUCUUCGUAUUUAGUCUAGAAAACGAAAUCAGUUACAAAACAGUUUCGACGUACUUCAAUAAAAUGUCACACUAUAGGAAUUCAGCUGAAAUUCCAUUAAUAUUGGUCGGAACCCAAGAUGCCAUAAGUGAAAGUAGUCCACGAGUAGUAGACGAUAACCGAGCUCGUAAGUUGACGAACGAACUGCGGAGAUGUUCUUACUACGAAACGUGCGCGACAUACGGCUUAAAUGUCGAACGGGUGUUUCAAGAUGCGUGUCAGAAGAUUGUGGGGACGAGGCUGUCGGCCUCCUCCCAGUGCCUGGCGGGCUCCAGGCCGGUUACGCCGCAGCCUCUUGCCAAUUCACCCAGCCAUAAUCACUCUUCAUUUUUGUACAAGGAUUCUUUACCACGGGGUCAUCACACAUUGUCAGCAUCAUCCCAUCAUUUACACAGAGGCGCGUCCUCCUUCGAUGCGUCAUCCAACAGUAGUGGUAUAUCAUCAACCCACGUGGUCGAGAUCCACAGCACGAAUGGCUCGGACACCUCAUCCCGGUGGGGCAACUCCCUUGGCAGCCAUGGGUCAUCCUCAGGCCUGGUCUCCAUUGCUACAGAGAACAAUAACGUCAAGUUCACAGCACCCCACUGUUUGGACAACCUGCAACCCGCGAAAGAUCAAAAAGACCUUCCCACACCAUCGUCUACUCCAACCACGUCAAGAAAAUCGCGGAGAAGAUCAAACUUAUUCACACCUUCAAAGAAAGGUGAUGAUAGACUGAAGAAUGGGGAGUUAGGAUCUGGUAGAGCUAUUCCUCUGAAGCAAGGUUACCUGUACAAGAAAAGCAGUAAAGCACUAAAUAAGGAAUGGAAGAAGAAGUAUGUCACAUUAUGUGAUGAUGGAAGACUCACAUAUCAUCCUAGUUUACAUGACUACAUGGAGGAUGUGAAUGGCAAGGAGAUAUCUCUCCAGUAUGUGACGGUGAAGGUGCCGGGCCAGAAGCCCCGCGGCUCAAAGUCUGUCAUCACCACUGUUCCAGGCUACAAUGGAUACACCAGCUUCGAUAUACAUGAUAGCAUUGGGGGAUUGUCACUUGGUUACAAAGAGAAGCCAUCCAGAGCGACAGAUAAAGCGUUGUUGUCAGCAUUUGACACCCUGAAGGAACCAGCUUCCAGCAGACAGUCGCUGGCCUCAGAAGUAGAAGUGGGCUCCAUCAAUGGUGCGGACAAAGAUACGCCUCAUGUCAAGAAACGACAUCGACGUAUGAAGAGUAGUGGCGUUAAGAAAGAUGGUGAUGAUGAAGGCGAGAGUGCGACAUCGUGCGAGUUCACAAUAGUGAGUCUGGACGGCAAGCGGUGGCGCUGGGAGGUGUGCGCGGGGGGCGGCGCGGCGGGCGCGGGGGCGGCGGCUGCAGCUGAGAGGGACGCCUGGGUGGCCGCCGUAGAGGCACAGAUAUUAGCCUCGCUGCAAGGACGGACGUCCCGGCAGCCGCUGCCGACGGGCGCUAAUUCUACGGGCUUGGUGCGCGCCACGCAGUACGUGCGCCGCGUGCCCGGCAACGACCGCUGUUGUGACUGCGGAGCACAGGAUCCAGACUGGGCCAGUUUGAACCUGGGUAUUCUGAUCUGUAUAGAGUGCUCGGGCGUGCACAGGAACCUCGGCUCGCAUAUAUCUCGCGUGCGCUCACUGGAUCUGGACGAAUGGCCUUUGAGCUACGUGAGCGUGAUGGUGUGUGUGGGCAACACGCUGGCCAAUGCGGUGUGGGAGGCGGAGCUGCGCGGACACGCCCGCCCCCAGCACAACGCGCCGCGCGAGGACAAGGAGAGAUGGAUACGUUUGAAGUACGAGCGUCGUGCGUUCCUGGGUAGCGGUGAGAGCAGCGUGUCCGGGGAGGCGCUGCGUGCGGCGGCGGCGCGCGGUAACGUGGGGGCGCUGGUGCGCGCGCUGGCCACGCCCCCGCCCCGCGCCCCGCCCCCGCACGACCGCUCCCUCGCACUGCGCGCCGCCGCCGCCGCCGGACAGCUCGCCGCCGCUCAGCUACUCAUAUGGCACAACGGCAAUCCCAACUAUCCGGACGCGGACGGUCACGGGUGCGUGUUCUACGCGCGCGCCGCCGCCAACCAUCUGUCCGGCAUCCCCGUGCAGUACCCCACCAACCUGCAGCUGGCCUGCCCUCUGCACGCCUCCCCACCCCAACACACCUCCACCUCCGCCUCCACCUCCACCUCCACAUCCAGCUCCACCUCCUCCAAGACCCCGGAGCCAGAGUGCAACUGCGUCAUAUACGAACUCCUCAAUGCUCAAAGCGCCUCCAAUGCGUUGGUAGAACUGCUAAUAGGGCUACAGAAUAACCAGUACAUGAAUAACGGCUUGGACGCCGUCUCCUACGGCCAUGGAACCCUCACCCGUCAGCUCGGACCCAACUUGUCUUUGACUAAUGGAAAAUGCGGCAGUAUCGUCUAAUACGUUCCUUUAGGGUUGCCAACUUGUACUUAAUGUACCAUUUUUUAUAUAUGUUUUUUUUUUGAGUAAAAUGUUAAAAGAGUAAUGUUUUACACAAAUUACUUACUAUCAGGAAAAUUGUUAGCAGAUAAUUUUCGUUUUACGCAUGUAAAUUAAAGAACGCACAAUAUUUUAUUUUACAGAUGUAAGACAGCUUGAGGAAAUUGUAUUGAGAAUAUUUUUAGAUAUGAGACACCUUAAAGAUUUGCGUAAAUAUAGAAAAUUGUGCAAAAAAAAAAACAUAUUUCAGGUUAUUUGUUAUUAUUGGCAGCCCUUGUUGGCAACCCGAUAGUGAAAUCUUUUAGAUGUGAAAUUUUUCCGAGGAGUUAAAUGUUUGUGUACACAUUUGGUGUAUUGUUGAAUUAUAGUUAUAUUGAACAUACGACUGAAAUGUUUGGAGGUUUUUGCAUAGUUACCAAUACUUGGGGUUUUACAUAGUUAAGAUAAAAUAAGUUACACAUCAAAAAAUUUCGCACACAACAAUAUGCUUUUUAUAGAAUUUUAUGUGACGUAAAUCAAAAUAAUUCUGACUAGAAAUUUAAAAACUUUCCCUUUUUUUUAUUAUGAACCUGCAUUAACCAUUUCUUAAAUUCUUGUGGUUGUUCAAAUUUAAUUCUGUCCUUUAUAUCAAUUACUGUAUGUAAUUUUCAAGAAAUUUUGCCGAUACGUAACGUCGAACGAUUUAAGAUAUCGACUUUUUCUAAAUCUCUGUGUCGCGAAAGUCGAUUAAAGACUAAAUUAAGUAAUCGAUUGUACUUGUUCACUUAUAUAACUUAAUGUUAACUUGGAUGGUAUAAAAUUUUUAGAUAGGAAUAUUCAUGAAAUUUGAUGAGAACAUUAGACAGUUAUGGUCCAUGUAACUGUAAAACAUUACCAUGGUAUUAAUACAUAUUGCUAUCCUUUUUAAUUCUUCUUUGUUAAAACAGAGU